AAAUGGAUACUGCCCUUUGCCUACCACUGAACGCAAAAUUAAUUGGUAGAUAUAAAGGAAAUAUCAGACACUUUCGGGAAUUGAUUAACUGUUUGCCAAUUAUGCAGCUCUGUGUGUGAUAUUGUCCAGACCAUUAACCUAAUGCAGCUUUAAAGGGAUGGUUUCACUGAAGUAAACAGUACAAGGUGCCGAUGAACCAAGGCACGGAGUGGCCAGUGAUCUCCACCAACCUCACCAGGUGCAGAAUGCUGCCACAGGAGGAGUCCCCAAAGACGCACACCUCUAACUGCUUGGAGAGCCACAGGUUGCUAGCUAAUAACAACCAGUAUGUCCCCGGGGCUCGGCCCAACCAGUCUCUGGAAUGAGACUCUGGGUUAGAGCCUUCUAAUCACCUGUAAAAGCAUACUGGACAGGUAUAUAGAACAUGUGCAAAAAUGACCAUAACAAGUGUUCUAAUCACCUGUAAAUGCGCACUGGACAGGUGUAAAGAACACGUGUAAAACGUACAGUUGACACUUGAAAAAAGCAAACAAAUGAUAACACGUCCAAGUCACCUGUAAACGCUUUUUAUAAAUAGUUUUUGUAUUUUUUUAUCACCUUAAAAGCAAACUGGAUAAGUGAGAGAAAAAAAUCAUGUCUACAAAAAUAUGACAUUUGACACUUGAAAAAUGAUCUUACGAAGUGUUAAAACCUGUUCCGGGUUAGACGAUUUGAACCUGCUGUCAUCAGUAUGCUGCUACUGGAGCGCGCGGGUCUUCAUUGUGACCAUGCCCGGACUACUUCUAGGAGAUGUGUUUCCUAAUUUUGAGGCCGAAACCACUAACGGCAAAAUUAAAUUCCACGAUUUUUUGGGUGACUCCUGGGGUAUCCUGUUCUCCCACCCCCGUGACUACACCCCUGUCUGCACCACAGAGCUGGGCCGAGCAGCCAAACUCAGCGACGAGUUCAGCAGGCGCAACGUGAAGAUGAUCGCCCUGUCCAUUGACAGUCUGGAGGACCACCAUGGCUGGACCAAGGACAUCUUGGCAUACAACAAUGAGGAGUCUGGCUGUGCGUUCCCCUUCCCCAUCAUAGCAGACAAUCAGAGGGAGCUGGCAGUGGCCCUGGGCAUGCUGGACCCAGAUGAGAAGGACAAGGACGGCAUGCCCCUCACUGCCCGCUGUGUUUUUGUGAUUGGCCAAGACAAGAAGCUGAAGCUGUCCCUGCUCUACCCUGCCACAACGGGGCGUAACUUUGAUGAGAUCCUGAGAGUUGUCGACUCCCUGCAGCUCACAGCAAAGAACCGGGUGGCCACCCCUGCUGAUUGGCAGCCUGGCGAGCGCGUGAUGGUUCCUCCAAAUAUCCCUGAGGAGGAGGCAGCAGCCAUGUUCCCUGCAGGGGUCUACACCAAAGAGCUACCCUCAGAAAGGAAGUACCUGCGCUACACACCUCAGCCAUGAGGGGCAGCAGAGGAUCACACCUAUAGUCACACAGCCUCCCACACAACCACAGAGGGAGAUGAUGAGGACAAUGAAAGGGAUUGCCAUUCUCUUUAGGAUGAUGGAAUGCUGGUCAUAUCACAGAUUGACUGGUAGCAUUUUGCUGAUAAUAUGGUGUCAGGACGUGUUGCAUUUGUUGUAGUACUCGCAUGUUCAAAGACACAUAGCAGACAACUCAAUUUAUUGAGUUGAAUGUGCAGUUGUCAGGUUUAAGAUUGAUGAAAUACUUUGGACAGGUGUGCUGCCUUACUUCUCAUAGUGGGACCAUUAAUAAAACGCCUUCAACAGCAA